AUGGAGAUACCUGCCCAGGAAAUUACCACGCCUAACACAGGAGCCUGCCUCCCUACCUGGCUAGUCGUCAAAUUGCCCGCCAGAACCCGGAACUGCGAAAAGCGCUCCGGGCGACGUGUGACGGGCGGUAAUUACUCCAAGGCCAUGCCCAGCCUUGCGCUUGGAGUCGCCUGCGUUGCGAGUAAUGGCACGAUCGAUCAAGCUCUGGCUGGCGGGCCCUUCCCAGGCAUGGAUUAA